AUGGAACACGAGAUCGAAAACCCUAACGCCGUCGACGACAUCGAUAGCUGCUGCUCCACUCCCUACGUCAGCGCUCCUUCUAGUCCCGGCCGCGGCGCUCCCCUCUCUGGAUUCUACUACAGCGCCCCCGCCAGCCCCAUGCACUUCGUCCUCUCCACCACCGCUCUCAAAUCCUACCCCUCCGCUGCUGCCGCCGCUGCUGAUUCCAGCUGCUUCGACUUCGAUUUCUCCGCCACGCUCCCCUCCACCGCCGCCGCCUCACCGGAACACAUGACCUCCGCCGACGAGCUCUUCUUCAACGGCCAGAUCCGCCCGAUGAAGCUCUCCACGCACCUCCAGCGCUCUCAGAUCCUCGAUCCGCUCAUCGAAUCGGACGACGCCUUCGACGACGACCAGAUUUUCCCCCGCGGCAGGGAUCUGAAGCUCCGCACUGGAUCCCUGCGGCGCCGCACCAGAUCCAUGUCGCCAAUGCGGAGCCAAACGACGCCGUUCGAUUCCGCCAGAUCCAACGCCGACGACGACAAAUCCGGCGAAAUCCGCGCAAUCGCCGCCGAGGAGGAGAAAGGAGCCGACGGAGCGCCGUGCGCGUCGAGGUCGUCGUCGGCGGGGAGGAGCUCAAAGCGGUGGAUUUUCCUGAAAGAGUUUCUGUACAGGAGCAAGAGCGAAGGGCGAAACGAAGGGCACAAGUUUUGGGGAUCUCUGUCGUUUUCGCCGGUGAACAAGGAGAAGAAAAUGGCGCCGUUGGCGAGCAAUGCGAAGGCGAAGGAGGUGAAAAAGAAGGCGGUGAACAGAAAUGAAGGAGGUAAGAGGAGGUUGAUCUCUCCGUCGGCGCAUUACGCGGAGAAGAGAGCGCAGGCGGAGGAGAUGAAGAAGAAGACGUUCCUUCCGUACAGGCAAGGGCUGCUGGGGUGUUUGGGGUUCAGCUCCAAGAGCUAUGGCGCCAUGAAUGGGUUUGCUAGAGCAUUCACUACUGUUUCUUCUAGGUAA